UUCUCGUCAACGCCGGCCGGCUAAACAUCGUUGAUAGCUUUGACAAGUUUUAAAAGGUGAUUUAAGUUAUUUGUGAUUCGAAAUGGCAUCUAAACGUGACAAGCAAACCGGGUCAUUGUAUCAAAUUCGUGACGCUAUGAACAAAGUACUCGAGCAGGAAUGGGAAAAUGAAGAACGUGAAAACACAACUGCCGCGUUUCAGCAGCUAGAAGAAAACAUGGAUGUGAGUUUCCCAUAUCCUGGAUCAGGAGUUGACAUGUCCAGCGACAAUAAUAUUGCUGAUCCUGUUUUGAGCGAUAGCGAAUUUUCAUCCUUGACUUCGAGUGAUGAAGAAGAGUCCAAUGACAGUGAUGAGAAUAAUAUGGAAUGUCCUAAUGUGCCGAAUGGUAUAUCAUUUGAAGAUGGACUCAGAAGAUGGGCUUUGGAAACAAAUCAGAGACAUUGUGCCAUUAACUCGUUGCUGGCUCUGGUUCGAGAAACAACACCGUAUAAAGUGCCAAAAGAUGCACGGACAUUUCUCAAAACUCCGCAGUCAACCGAAAAGAACAACAUUAGUACAACCGCCGGUCGACAAUUAUGGUAUUAUGGAAUAGCUAAGAGACUACAACAAUAUUUCAAAAACAAAACCCCUAAGGUCGAUUUAAUGAAAUUAGACUUUUCAAUGGAUGGUUUACCGCUUCACAAAAGUGGUUUAACCCAAUUUUGGCCUAUUUUAAUGAGAAUACACGGAAUGCCUAAAACACCAGUGAUGGUGGUGGCUAUUUACUGUGGCGAAUGUAAACCUGAUUCGGUAGAGGAAUACUUAAGAGAGUUCGUCACAGAAUUCAAUGAACUGCAAAUCAAAGGACUUUUCAUAAAUGGCAAAAAGAUAAAAGUGCUACCAAGAGCAAUCAUAGCAGAUUCUCCAGCUCGAGCGUUUCUAAAAGCGUGA